CUUUCCCCCACCCGCAGCUCCAGCCCGGGCCAUGUGACCGCAGUGUGGGCGGGGCCUUGGACUUAACUCCCUGUCAGUGUUCCGGGUGGCUGUCGCAGUUCUCUUCAGGUUUCUGCAGACUUAGUGCACACGAUGAUGAAAAAGGUUGUGAACACAGCAAGGCAUGCAUUUGCCACUGGGAAGACGCGAUCUUUGGAUUUCCGGAUACAACAGCUACAGGCUUUGAAGAACAUGAUCACUGAGAAUGAGACCGAGCUCAAGCAGGCCUUGAAAGCAGACUUGCACAAGAAUGAUUGUACAGCUUAUAGUUUUGAGAUGAUGGGACUCUUGGCUGAAAUUGAGCAUACCAUUGACAAUCUUCGGAACUGGGCUGCACCACUACAUGUGAAAAAGACCCUGAUGACCAUGGGAGAUGAAGUGUACAUCCACUAUGAACCUCUUGGAGUUGUGCUCGUCAUUGGAGCUUGGAACUAUCCCCUUGUCGUUGUUCUGCAUCCUGUGGUGGGGGCCAUUGCAGCAGGUAACGCUGUGGUGAUCAAGCCUUCUGAGGUGAGCGAGAACACUGCCAAGGUUCUGGAGAAACUUAUUCCAAGAUACUUGGACAAGGAACUUUACCCGUUGGUUAACGGAGGAAUAGCAGAGACAACGGAGUUGCUUGCUGAAAGAUUUGACCACAUUUUAUAUACUGGGAAUACAAAUGUUGGUAAAAUAAUUAUGUCAGCAGCAGCUAAAUUCCUGACACCUGUCACCCUUGAACUGGGGGGGAAAAGUCCAUGUUACAUUGAUAAGGACUGUGAUAUUGAUAUUGCCAGCAGACGUAUAACUUGGGGAAAGUUUGUAAACUGCGGCCAAACAUGCAUCGCGCCUGACUAUAUUCUGUGUGAUAAGUCCGUCCAAGGUAAACUGAUAGAAAAGAUCAAGGAGACACUAAAGGAGUAUUAUGGUGAUAAUCCCAAGGAGUCUCCAGAUUAUGAAAGGAUUAUUAACAAACGUCACUUUAAGCGUAUUCUUGGCUUGCUUGAUGGGGAGAAGGUUGCUAUUGGAGGGGAGCAUGAUGAGUCAACCUGUUAUAUAGCACCAACUGUUCUUACGGAUGUGAAGCCAGAAGCAAAGAUCAUGCAAGAAGAGAUUUUUGGACCCCUCCUUCCUAUAAUAAAUGUGAACGAUGUGGAUGAGGCCAUUCAGUUCAUUAACCGGGGAGAGAAGCCACUUGCACUAUAUGCAUUUUCAAAUAACAAAAAGAUAAUAAAGAAGAUUAUUUCCCAGACAUCAAGUGGAGGAGUUACUGGAAAUGAUGUUUUGAUGCAUUUCUCGGUCAACGAAUUACCUUUUGGAGGUGUUGGACACAGUGGCAUGGGUGCCUACCAUGGCAAACAUACAUUUGAUACUUUCUCUCAUAAACGGUCAAUCCUUAUCAAGUCCUUAUCUAUGGAAGGUGUAAACAAGCUCAGGUACCCUCCUUACAGCCAGAAGAAAGUGGAUUGGACCAAGUUUCUUUUGAUGGGCAAAGUGAACAAGAAGAAGCUGGGCCUUGUGCUCCUGCCUUUUGUUGCUUUAGUAGCAGCUUUAAUUUUGAAGAAAUACCGUUGGGAGCUGGCAGGCAGAGGGUUACAGCUUGCGUUGGCUUUUCAGAGACUGGGCUUUAAGAUCAGUAGCAGAUUGCAGGGAGCAACGUUCACAUAUACAGUAAGAUGAUCUAAAAAUGGGAGCUUAAUAUGUCUGCUGGUCCUGGUUGUUCCCGGUUAAGUCUAUGCAUUGUA